AUGAGUGAAGAAACUGGUUUAAUUGAAUGGGCUUCUAAUACUAUUCCUAUGAAAUCUUUAAUUGUUGAAUCUCGUACUAAGGAUAUUAUCACUUAUCAUAAAUUAAUUGCAAAAGAAGCGGAUCAACGAAAAAGAGUUGAUUUAUAUAAAAAAUAUAUUUUAAAUUCUUCAUAUACUCUUCCUCCUCAAUUUUAUUCAAAUUUUAAUCAUUCUUUUCCUAUUCCUCAUCAUCAAAUUAAAGCAAGAGAAAAUUAUAGUAAAAGUAUGGCUGUAAUGUCAAUGGUUGGUUCAAUUAUUGGUCUUGGUGAUCGUCACUUGGAAAAUAUUUUAUUAAACACAAAAGAUGGAAAUAUUGUUCAUAUUGAUUUUGAUAUGUUAUUUUGGAAAGGUGAAAUCCUUCCUGUUCCUGAAACUGUUCCUUUUAGAUUGACUACUAAUAUGAUUGAUUGUUUUGGUCCUCAAGCUGAAAAUGGUUUCUUUCUUGAUAUGUGUACUGUUGUACUAAAAACUUUACGUCAUAAUCAAUCUGUUAUUAUCUCUUUAACUGAUAGUAUGUUACAAAAUCCUUUUAUUGAUUGGGCUAACAAUGAAUCAAGUGCUUCUCAAAUCCCUGAAAAACCAAUUCCUCGUUUUAAACGUAUUUUGUCUGGUAUUGAUAAAUUAGGAAGGGUUGUUUCUGAACGUUCUCAAGCUGAACAACUUAUUAAUGAUGCAAAGUCUGUUGAUAAUUUAGGUUCAAUGUUUCAUGGCUGGCUUCCAUAUAUCUAA